AUGGAUAUGGAUCAUCUCAUCGGUCAGCGUUUCAACCUCAUCUCGAAAAGUGAAAUUCGCUAUGUUGGUACUCUCCACGAGAUAAAUCCUGAGCAGUCCACAAUCGCUUUGGAAAAUGUCUUCUCCUUUGGUACCGAAGAUCGCAAAGUCGACAAAUUCAUCCCUCCUUCACAACAGAAAUAUGGUUUCAUUGUCUUUCGUGGAAGCGAUGUCAAGGAUAUCAAGAUUGCUGAAGAUGAACCCUCACAACCAUCACCUCCGCAGAGCAUGCCCAAUGACCCUGCCAUCUUGAAUGCCUCGCGACCAGGUCCUCCUCCAGGAAUGCCUCGUGAUGGCCCUUUUUCUCCCCAAGAUUAUCCACACCCUCCUCCUCCUUUUGGUGGUUACUACCCUCCCAAUCAAUUCGGUAGAGGUUAUGGCCCGCCUCCAGGAGCCUUUGGCCCUGGUCCCGGAUUUCCUCCCUAUGGACCCCCGCCUCCUGGAUAUUUUGGACCCCCUGGCGGCCAGGGCUUCCCACAAGGUCCUGGUCCUCACCCAUUUCCACAACAUCCUCAACCUCCCAUUGGACCUCCCGGCUUGCGCGGCGAUGUACCACCACCUCACAUGCAGUCACAACCUCCUCCUGACUCCGCCAUGUCCGCAGCACAGCCUCCUCCAAAUCUGACAUCUGAACUGCCUGGUAGUAACAAGGCGCCAGAGGCAGGUGCUUCCCCUCUUCCAAAAGAAACACAACCCUCUACAUCGCUGUCGUCACAAUUGUCUCAUGCUCAGGUCGCUGCCAAGGCUGCACCCAUACCUGCUCCUGCACCCCAGGCAGCAGGGGUGGCGCCUCCAAAGGCAGCCCCUACAGGGCCGAAGAACAACCGUGUGGCUCCCGCAGUCCCUUUCACUGUGAAUCAGAAAUCCUUCACACCUCCAGUCGCUGCCACGGCGGAUACUUCUGCAACAAAUGGUACCGGUGCUAAACCUCAGAAACCCGCCCCCUCCCAAGCUGCCAUGGAUGAGGCGGCGCGACAAGCAAAGGAAGCGGUCGCAGCGGCUAUGGCAAAAUUGAACCCCCAGGCUGCUUCGGUACAGCCCAAACAAACUCUUCCAACGGCGGCAGUAGAUGCUUUGACCAAAAAGGUAGCCGAGAUGUCCACAUCAGCUACGAAUAACGGAACAGCCCGUGGGGGCAGGGCAGGGUUCAGAGGCGGACGAGGCGGCAAUUACCAUCGCGGAGGUGGUCAGAAGAAGAUGGAAAUUCCAAAGUCUGAUUUUGACUUUGAAUCCGCCAAUGCGAAGUUCAACAAGGAGGACCUCAUUAAAGAGGCGAUUGCUUCGGGAUCACCUCUUGAAGAGACGCCAGCUCAGGAAGAGGAGAACGGCGAAGCACGUAAACCAACUCCAACCAGAAAAGACAGCCUAACCAACACCGUCCCCGCCUACAACAAGUCAACCUCUUUCUUUGACAAUAUUUCCUCGGAAGCCAAGGACCGAGAAGAAGGUCACGACGGCCGCGCACAUGGCAGACAGGUGCGCAGCGAAGAAUUCAAGAAGAAUAUCGAAACUUUUGGCCAGGGUAAUGUGGACGGAGGUUACCGCGGGCGCGGAAGAGGUGGCGGGUAUGGCCGUGGAAGGCAGUACGGGGGAUCAUAUCGAGGCGGUUAUAACAACCGUGGAUAUGGUGGCGGAUACAAUCAUCGCGGCAAUCGGGGACGAGGUGGGCAAGGACAGGGGCAGGGGCAGACGCAAGCUCCAACUGGACAAGCCGCUGUGCAAAACUAG